GCUUGGUACCAAGUUUCAUGGAGCAUGAUACUAUGGAGCCAAUGACGCUUGAGGCGGCGGCUGCUCAUCGGUCUGAAAACGGCAGCUUUUCAAACUCUCUCAUGUCGACGGACUUCGUCACGCUCCGCGCCAUCGUUCCUCCGUACAUCAUCGCCGUGUCCGUGGCGGGCCUCGCCUUGAACGGCUUCGUCCUGUGCGUUUUCCUCGCUCACAAGGAUCGCCUGACCGUGGCUGAGGUCUACCUGGGGAACUUGGCUCUGGCCGACUUCGCGCUCCUUUGCGGCCUCCCCUUCUGGGCCGCCAACAUCCUCAACGGCUUCGACUGGCAGUACGGCGACGCCUUGUGCAAGUUGGUCAACGGCGUCAUGAUGGUGAACCUCUACACCAGCGUUUACACUUUGGUCAUGAUCAGCGUCGACCGCUACUUGGCGAUCGUGAUGACCAUGCAAGCGAGGUGGCUGCGACGAACGCGGCACGCCAAGAUCAUCUGCGUGCUCCUCUGGCUUUUCGGGCUCUCGCUCAGCAUGCCGACCACGCUGCACAGGAAGGUGAUGUACUUUGAAGAAUUCCAGAUGACAUCCUGCGUGCUGGACUACAGCCACGGCAGCUCGUGGAAGUUAGCCAACCAGGGCCUGCUGAAUGCCGCUGGCUUCGUCGUCCCUGCUCUGGUGAUCGUCUUCUGUAGCAGGGCUAUCGUUAAGGCUUUGGGACAGAGGAAGGAGAGCGUCGGCCUUCGGGAUGUUAAUGACGCGAAGGCCUCUGUGCUGUUGUACGCCAUCACUCUGCUGUUCAUCCUCUGCUGGGGGCCCUACCAGGUCUUCACCUUCCUUGACACGCUCUGCGACAUCCACGUGCUGGACGUCACGGCGUGGUCCCACGCUCUGGACGUCGGGGGGCAGGUCUCGGCCUAUCUCGGCAUCCUCAACAGCGCCCUCAACCCUGUGCUCUACGUCCUCGCCGGGCAGUACUUCAGGAAGAAAGUUAGCGCCAUUUAUCGGACGGCUCUGCGACAUCGCAGAGGAUCGGACAAGACCACCUAUCAGCGCUCUGUCGUCUCCACUUACAUUCACAGACCUGAGCAGAUUAAGCCUGUUGUCAUAUAG